UGGCUAUGUAAUAAUGGCAUGAUCUGAAUUCACAUAUGGUCUGGAAGGGGUAUAUAUAUAUACAUAUAUAUAUGGUAUAUGUAUUCUACAAGAACUCAGCUGAAUGGUAAAGAAGGGGUUAACUCCUCAUUCAGAUACUAGGUCACUAUGGAAUGUAGAAAGAUCACAUUACCAGACCCCCAUCUGAGAAGGAUGACCAGCUGGCUUAAGAUCCUUUGUCUAAGGCUAAUGCCAUUCCCUACCCCCAAAGCACAUGCAGGAUGAAACCAUAUACUCUUAAAAUUACAAUGAGGGCUUGCUUAUGAGUGACAUCAUCAUUGUGGGAGGGAUGAAAAACUUACAAUAAAAGUAGCAGGAAUACUGGAGUUCACCCUCUCUCUUUCACUCUUUUUCAAUUGGAAUGGUGACCACAGCUAACAUCAGAAGUAAGUGAUCCUUACAGACACAUAAUUUCAGCACACCAUACUUUCACAUAGAUUGGGCAAAUGUAUUAGUGUAAUAUUGAUGUAUAGUUCACUGCUGAGUAUUUAUAAGUGAUUUGCAUAUGUGUAAUUUAUAUUUAAUCUGCAUAUUGUAAUAAUGUUUAAUUAGCCUCAUUGUAAUAAAAGUUUUGUUACUGCUGGAAUAAGACUUUGUGAGUUUAUGACCUUACAAGUAGUUUAAGCUAGUGAUUGUGUGUUAAUAUUAUAUAGUGGGUAUAAUAAUUCAUAAGGGAUUAUUAAAUGUAAUAUUAGCCUUUCACUAAAGUGUAUAGCAAAUAGAUACUAAGAUUUAUAGAGUCUUAGGGACCAUUUAAAUGCAGUUAUUUCAUUGGCGAGCCGACCCAGCGAAUUUUCUUACCAACUACACUUGUUUUAAGGGGGGACUAAUCCAGGUUCUUUUUAUAAUACAAGUGUGAUUUUUGGACGAAAAUUGAACCUAGUUUUUGCUAUACUGUUUUUGAGUUGAGCGUUUCAGCAGUAAAGUCUUUGGCCAAGACUACAGAUCCAGAGAGGCAUUACCUAAGGAUCAGUUGAACCAGACGCAGAGAAAAUCAUAUCGCGCAGGACGUGAAUCUGAUUUGCUGGCAGUCUGAAGACACUUUAAAGUAUUUCAUUAUGUGGAGCCUGAGAGGAAUGAUCGCCACAAACCUAUUUGUAUUUGUGUGGGUGUUAUUGCAAAAACUUCCAAUCUGUGACUGUAAUGAACUGUCAAUCACAAACCUCACAAGGAGUCGUAGAUGGAGCUCAAGCAGCAUCAUCAGAGGAUGGACAGGCUUAUGGAGCUCUCAAGACCUUCACAAAGAUUGUUUGGGAAAAUUGACUUUUAAUGUGGGUGGGAAAAUUGAAAUAUUUGCAGAAAAACAUCAAGACAAUUUAAUUGGUUUUUGGAGGGUCAAUCAGGGUAAUAAAGUUGAAUGGGAAUGUAAGUGGGUGGCUUGGGGAAAAUGGACUGUAGGUCUGGUGGGAGAAGGUGUUUCUGUGUCUACAACAUUUACAAAUCCUAUUCACACUAUAAAUGGCGAUAACUAUAAUAUAACCAAGGUUAUAUUUGAACAACAAAUUGGAGAAGGGAUUAAUUGGAGGGUUACAGCUGCCAACUUUGGUGGAGGGAUUGAAGUAUACUUAAAAAUAGACCAAAUAAAGGAAACAACCACAUUUACGCCUUUGAUCUAUUCUACUUUAAUCACUACACCAAAGAUGAAACAUUAUGACAAUACUCCAAUGUGUAAGGGGAAAAGUGUUGUUUCUAGUGGUCCAUUUCAAACAAGUACAAUCAAGCCAACUCCAGUAUUGAGGGAUGCCACAUUCCAAUUUAUCACGUGGAAGAUUAAAAUAAUAGAUUGGCUAGUUUCCACACAUUACCAAAAUUGUUCCAGAAUUACUGCCACUAUGGAAAAAGCAUUAGUUAAGUGGGCAGAAGGUACUAGGAGAAGGACUAGGAGGGAUAUCAUGGAUACAGUUUUGGGAGGUGUGGGAACAGGGCUAGGUGUGGUAAAUUCCAUUGACAUAUCCAGCUUAACAGCAACCUUACAGUCUCAGGGGAUGUUAAAUGCAAAAGGGAUUCAUACGCAACAAAUGAUAAACACCCUGGUAGAGACACUGACACAGACAGUCAUUCAGGUUCAGGGUCCUGCCAUUCAACAUACAGAGGAAAUACUGAUAGGAGUAAUUAGUAGGUUAAGGGAAGUAUCCUGGGAUUUUGUGUGUAUUUCCAUGCAAACAGAAUUAUCAACUGACUUUAAAUUAAUAGCACAGGCUAUGGAAAAUAACCAUACACCUUUGGGAGGGUGGGAGCAGUCUGUUGUUAACAGUUUUGCAUCAAAACACAGAGAAUUAUGGUUAAACAGUUGGUUGGGAUGCAGGGAAAAUAUAUGCAGGGCUACUUCACUUGUGCCCACUAGUGGUACCUAUCAGAAUGUUUAUCAUUUGUUUUCACUAGGAACACCUGUCACAGAAUCUCAUGUUUUGCAUCAUGAGUUAGAGUUCCCAAAUUUUAUAUGGAAUGGUUCCCAUAUGGAACAGGUAGAUAUGUCUGGCUGCAUAAGGUUUCCUUCUAAAAUUUUAUGUCUACCCAACCAGGCAAGAAUAAUUUUUGAUUCCUGCUGGCAUAAUCACUCAUAUUGCAAUGGUUUUGUGGAGAAAGUUAAUCCCCAAGAUAUGAUUUUUCCCUUAGGACAAGGAAAGGUGUGUUUUGUUGCAUUGAAGCCUAAAGAUGAAGUGCAUGUAUGGUUUGACAGGUGUAAUUCAAGGGAACAAAUCACACCAGGGAUUUAUUGUAUUACUGGGUACCCUGUGAGGAUAAGUUCACUACAGUUUAACUUCACUGUCCCACAGUUACUCACAUAUAACGCUACCUUGGGGGCUCCACUCAUAACCCCAAUAUUAGUAGAUGAUGCACCUUGGCAAAAAUGGGUAACCUUAUUGCAAAAAGACUCUGUGUUACUAGAACAUCUUAAAAAUUUUGGGGAACGUGUUCAUGUAAAUUUCUACCAUCAGGAACAAGAACUACAAAGGAUUGAACAUACUUUUACGGAGAUGUCAAGUGCAACCUGGUGGCAGAAAUUAGCAAAUUCCUUUUCGAAACAGUCAUCAUGGGGUUCUGCAUUGGGAAAUCUGUUUAUACAUCCAUUUAUAAUCAUAUUAUUUAUUUCUAUAUUAUGUAUAAUUAUUCAAAUUUGUAUGUGUUGUUAUUUAAAAUCAUUAAUUGCACGUGUAUAUCACUUAUAUUAUGGUAUGCGAAUGGAAGCGUCUUUAGUACACUAAUAUAGCCAUCACACAUAGGUGGGGUUAGGAAUCUUCCAUCAGAUUCACUCAUAUAAAACAACCAUUGGAAUGGAAGGGUAUGGUAACCUCCAUUGCCAAAAGGGGGGAAUGUAAUAAUGGCAUGAUCUGAAUUCACAUAUGGUCUGGAAGGGGUAUAUAUAUAUACAUAUAUAUAUGGUAUAUGUAUUCUACAAGAACUCAGCUGAAUGGUAAAGAAGGGGUUAACUCCUCAUUCAGAUACUAGGUCACUAUGGAAUGUAGAAAGAUCACAUUACCAGACCCCCAUCUGAGAAGGAUGACCAGCUGGCUUAAGAUCCUUUGUCUAAGGCUAAUGCCAUUCCCUACCCCCAAAGCACAUGCAGGAUGAAACCAUAUACUCUUAAAAUUACAAUGAGGGCUUGCUUAUGAGUGACAUCAUCAUUGUGGGAGGGAUGAAAAACUUACAAUAAAAGUAGCAGGAAUACUGGAGUUCACCCUCUCUCUUUCACUCUUUUUCAAUUGGAAUGGUGACCACAGCUAACAUCAGAAGUAAGUGAUCCUUACAGACACAUAAUUUCAGCACACCAUACUUUCACAUAGAUUGGGCAAAUGUAUUAGUGUAAUAUUGAUGUAUAGUUCACUGCUGAGUAUUUAUAAGUGAUUUGCAUAUGUGUAAUUUAUAUUUAAUCUGCAUAUUGUAAUAAUGUUUAAUUAGCCUCAUUGUAAUAAAAGUUUUGUUACUGCUGGAAUAA